AUGAGCCUAAGUUUCGAUCUCAACGAUCUGGAGGUGUUGACAACGAAUGCGAAGCAAAUACAAGACAAACUACUAGAGGAUAUACUCACACUUAAUGCCAACACAGAGUACCUCCGUCAGUUUCUUCAUGGAAGCUCUGAUAAAGAGUUAUUUAAGAAGAAUGUACCGGUUGUGAGGCAUGAUGAUGUUAAGCCUUAUAUUGAACGUGUCGCGAAUGGAGAGCCUUCCGAUGUUAUUUCAGGAAAACCCAUUACGCAAUUUCUCCUGAGCUCCGGAACUUCUGGUGGGAAGCCAAAGAUCUUUCCUAUUAACAACAAGUACUUUGAGGACAUGACAUUUAUCUAUGCUCAAUCCUCAUCCAUAAUAUCAAAGCAUAUCGAUGGUGUCCAAGAAGGAAAGGCGAUGAUGUUUAAAUUUUCUAGAGCCCCUUCUACAACCCCCUCUGGCUUGCCAGUUUCUAGCGUAACGGGGAGCUAUUUAACGGGUGAAUAUUUCAGGAACCGGCCAUCAAAUCACUUUACAAGCCCUGAUGAAGUGACCUUAUGUCCAGAUAACAAGCAAGCCAUGUACUGCCAUCUUCUCUGUGGUCUUGUUCGGAGAGACGAAUUUGUGAGUGUGGCUGCUACCUUUGCUUCUACUUUGAUUGGAGCAAUCACUGUUCUUGAGACUCACUGGAAAGAGUUGUGUAGUAAUAUCCGAUCUGGCCAUGUUAGCGAGUGGAUCACUGAUUUUGCCUGCAGAGACGUUGUUACUAACAUCCUUGGAGGUCCUAAUCUAGAAUUAGCAGAUCUCAUUGAAGAAGAAUGCCGCGAAGAAUCGUGGAAAGGUAUAAUCACACGACUUUGGCCCAAAACAAAAUUUAUUCAAAGCGUUCUUACAGGACAAUUUGCUCAAUACAUUCCAACGUUGGAGUUUUACUCCAACAAAGUGCCAUUGAUAUCCAUGGUUUACGCGUCUUCUGAAACAAUUUUUGGGGUGAAUGUGAAUCCCUUAUGCAAGCCACAAGACGUAUCCUACACUUUUAUGCCCAAUAUGUCCUACUUUGAGUUCCAACCUGCUGAUGAAGGAAACAAAGGUGAAAUUGUUGAUCUUGUGGAUGUCAAGAUUGGGUGCUAUUAUGAGCUCUUGAUCACAAAUUAUUUCGGUUUACACAGAUAUAGGAUGGGAGAUAUUGUACAAGUGUCUGGAUUCCACAACAAUGCACCUCAAUUUAGAUUCGCACGCAGGAAAAAUUUGGUGCUUAGCGUAAACGUGGAAGCAACAACUGAAGAAGACAUUUUAAAGGCUUUGAAUCAUGCGACAGACCACCUUAAAUCUUCAGAUUUAAUAUUGAUGGGAUUCACUUCUUAUGCUGAUAUCUCCAAUCUUCCAGGCCACUAUGUUUUUUAUUGGGAACUCAAGUCCAACAAAGUUAAUGGGGUUGUUAAACUUGAUAACAAGGUUAUGGUGGAAUGUUGUCGUGUAAUAGAGGAGUCAUUUAAUUAUAUUUAUCGAGAGGUAAGGACAAAAGAUAAAGCUAUUGGAGCCCUAGAGAUAAGAGUGGUGAAACAAGGAACAUUUGAUUCUCUCAUGGAGUUUUUCAUCUCUCAAGGGGCUUCGGCAUCUCAAUACAAGACACCUAUGUGCAUAAACUCUUCCGAAGCUUUAGAGGUUCUUGAAAAUAGUGUUCGUGCUCGCUUUUUCAGUGACAAGUUGCCACCACUCUGA